UUGAGCGUGGGAACUACCCAAGUGACAUGUAGUUGCGAGCAUAUCCCUCCAAGAUGCAGCUGGCGUCCUCAGUACUGUCCGUGGAGGAAGACGAGCUCCCAUGGGUGUGUCUGCAUUCGACGUCUUUCAACAAUCCCUACAGCAAAAGCGGAUUCGAACGUUCAUUCCCGACCUCGAUGACAUCUUGGGGGGCGGAGUUGCCGUCGGGGAAAUCACUGAAAUAUGCGGCGUGCCUGGCGUGGGCAAGACCCAGUUGAGCAUGCAUUUGGCUCUAUGCGCUCAAUACUGCGGCGCGUCGGCAUCCGCAGAAUCCAUCUACAUUGACACGGAAGGCAGCUUCUUGGUGCCUCGAAUCGUGUCCUUAGCACAGUCCAUGGCGAUCGCACGCCGCGACGACGUGCCCACUGGAACCCCCCCCCUGACGAAGGAGGACUUGCUCCGCGGCAUCACGUACUUUCGAGUGUACGACUACCAGGAACAGCACGACGUGCUGGUGUCUCUCUCGCGGCACUUGGCCAGUCGACCCAAGGUUCGCUUGGUGCUGCUGGACAGCGCGGCGUUCCACUGCCGCCACGCGUUUGACGAGAUGCAAGGCCGCGCCCGAGCGCUGCACAACAUGACAGUCGUCCUGCGCAAACUCGUCUGCGAGUUUCCCAUCGCGGUCGUUCUAGUCAACCACGUGACUACAUCCGUGGGUCUUCCUGGCUCGGACUCGACGAUUGUGCCGGCGCUUGGGGAAGCGUGGUCGCAUGCGAUUUCUACGCGCCUGCUGCUCGGCUGGGAGGUAGGUAGUACCUACUGCAGUCAGUACCUACUACUACCCUCCUUCCAAGUUACUCGAUCAUGACGUUAGCAUCAAACGCGUGCGGUGCAAGUGGUGAAAUCCAUUUCCGAAGGGCCGUCCAUGGCCCACUUUGAAGUCACCGAGCACGGGAUCCAACCCAGCAGCCGCAAACGAAGUCGAAGUCCGUCGGAUGGAUGUGAUGAUGCCGUGAGCAGCCCCAUGUGCUGACUGACGGGUUUCUGUUUAUUCAAACAUGCUUCGAAUCCGAUGGGGGGUUUGCGUGUCGUUGAAGUGCCUGCUCAGGUACUGGAGGCAGUCUUGCAGCGGCGCCACCGCCGCGUUGUCCUUCUUGGCGGCUUGCAACGCCUGGACGCAUUGCUUGAUCUAUUCCAACGAGUUCUUGAUAUAAUGCAGUUGAAAAUGUCUAGUUACUUUGACGGUGGACUUGGUGCGGAAGGCGCCCUUUUCACUCGUGUGGUCGUAUACCAAGAUGGCGGCCGUCAUGGCGCGCAAGCAGUAGAGUUCCGUGGCCGCGUCCAACCUAUCUCUACGACCAUAUGAACGAAAAUAUAUGUAAUCAUACUCA